AUGGACCGGCGGCGAAUGUCUGAAAACCACGAUUACGCUUUGCCUCAGCACGUAAAACGUCGCAAACUCGGCCAGGACCACGAGGAUGAGCCCCUCGAUCGCCGCUAUACCGUCGCCUGGAUUUGCGCGCUGCAUAUUGAGAUGGCUGCAGCCCGUGCAAUGCUCGACCAGGAAUACGUUGACCGCCCACAGCAGGCCUAUGACACCAACUCUUACGUCCUGGGGGCUAUACAAAACCACAACAUCGUCAUAGCUUGUUUGCCUGCAAGUCAGUACGGAACGAAUAAUGCUGCGACUGUUUUGAGCAACGUGAAAAGGACGUUUCCUGACAUUCAAAUCGGCCUGAUGGUGGGCAUUGGGGGUGGAGUGCCAACUAAGGCUGAUAUACGACUCGGAGAUAUCGUUGUGGGAGUACGAGUCAUGCAGUAUGACCUCGGGAAGACACUCAGCGACAGCUUCCAACGAACAUCAGUUCCCAGAAUCCCCGACUCUUCCAUUCGCACGGUUAUUUCGAAUCUACGAUCUCGACACGAGCUGAGUGGCAGUAGAGUUCCUUCGAUCUUGAGCAACAAGAUGGGCGACUAUCCUCCUUAUUGUUUACCGACAGAACCGGACCGUCUGUUCCUAUCGUCAUACAAUCAUGAUUCUUCGCUCUCUUCCUGUGAGAAAUGCGACCAGUCUAAGCUCGUGACGAGAAAGCUACGUUCAUCCACUGGUCCAGUCAUUCACUAUGGGGGGAUUGCCUCGGCGAAUACGGUAAUGAAAAAUUCUACCACCCGUGAUGAAAUCGCUCGGGAUCUUGACGUGAUUUGCUUCGAGAUGGAGGCUGCGGGCCUGAUGGACAUCAUGCCAUGUCUGCCGAUUCGAGGUAUCUGUGAUUAUUCGGACUCUCACAAGACCAAGGAGUACCAACGAUAUGCAGCAGCAACGGCUGCGGCCUACGCGUAUGAGUUCUUGCAGAUCUGGGGAGGAGGUGCACCGACAAUAAAGGCUGAAUAUGGUAAACUCCCGAACGAAGGGUUUUUAUCAUCCGCACGAGAGGAUGAGAUAUUGGAAUCCCUCGACUUUGACGGGAUUGAUGCCCGUAAAACCACCAUCAAAGCUGCACAUUCCAAAACCUGCCGCUGGAUCCUUAAACAUCCCGACUACCUUUCUUGGGUCAACCCAGAACACUUAUCAGAGCACAAUGGCUUCCUUUGGAUCAGAGGCAAGCCUGGAGCCGGGAAGUCUACACUCAUGAAGUUUAUCUAUUUAAAAGCGAAAAGACAAGAGCAAGCACCGCAAAGUCUUACGGCUUCGUUCUUUUUCAAUGCUCGAGGCGAUAUAUUGGAGAAGACAGUAUCAGGAAUGUACCGGUCACUGCUCCUGCAGUUAUUCGAAGGUUUUCCUGAUUUGAAGUGUGUCUUGGCAGACCCGGAGAUUUUGCCUCGGAGACAAACAGGCUGCCCUUCCCUGAACGUCCUAAAGGAUCUCCUUCGCAGUGCGGUUUUCAAACUUGGUCAGAGAUCGUUUACCUGCUUCAUCGAUGCUCUUGACGAGUGUGACGAACAGCAAGUAAUGGAUCUAGUCGAAUACUUUGAAGACCUAGCGGAGCAAUGCACGGAAGAUGGGGUGCGUCUAAGUAUUUGUUUCUCCAGUCGACACUAUCCAUAUAUCGACGUGAGAUUGGGUAUUCGCCUCAUUCUGGAGGACCAAGUGGGCCAUGCCAACGACCUGGAGAGUUACAUCAAGGCCAAUCUUCGAAUCAAGGACCCGUCGCUCCUGAUGGAACUUCAAGAGAAGAUGCUUGAGAAAGCGGCAGGGGUUUUCCUGUGGGUAGUCCUCGUGACAGACAUAUUGAAGCGAGAGAAUUGCCGCGGACGUUUAUCUCUAAAGAUGAGACUUGAGCAAGUCCCCAAUGGCCUAAGUGAGCUAUUUAAGGACCUCUUGAGGAGAGAUACCACCAAUAUGGAAGAGCUUAAGCUAUCCGUUCUAUGGAUUCUCCUUAGUAAACGGCCGCUAAAACCAGAAGAGUACUACCAUGCCAUUUGGUCGGGUUUAUCACUACAGGGACUAGCAGAUCCUACCCCACCAGAAGUCGACACAGCGGAUUCUAAGGAAUGCUUUAUACGAUGUGCCAUCAGUUCAUCCAAAGGACUUGCUGAGGUUACAAAGUCCAAACCAACAGUCCAGUUCAUUCACGAAUCCGUUCGUGACUUUCUCGUCAAAGACGAAGGACUCUUUGACUUAUGGCCAGAUCUCAAGCCGGAUUGGGAGAGCGUCGGUCACGAGAAGCUUAAGUUAUGUUGUUACUCUUAUCUCCAAAUUUUCGAACAUGACGGCAACAGUCCUUUCUACCAAAAUCAUCUAAACCGCCAAGAAUGGUUCGGCAAUUAUCCUUUGUUCGAGUAUGCCAGCCAGUCCGUUUUACAUCAUGGCAAUUCAGCAGGAGAUACUGUUUGUCAGCGUCUAUUCUUGGAACAAUUCCAAUCUUUUUGCUGUAUUUGGAUCGUGGUCAUCAAUCAUUUUGAGAAGUUCAACAUUCGCAAGUAUACGCCGGGUGCAGGAUUGCUCUACAUUCUCGCGGAUAGAGGGCAUUCUUCUCUCCUACGCACAAGAUUACUGGAUGAUCAAGAAAUCAAUGUUUCAUCAGAAGGAGAUAGAUACGAAUACCCCCUAAUAGCUGCUAUGGCCAAAGGGUAUAAGAAUAGUGUGGUAGCUCUUUUGCGUCUGUCUUCAGGCGUUCAUGAUGUGGCUCGCAUCACGGACUCCUUAAUAUCUAACGCGAACGCGGACGGCAGAAACCAUAGUCCCUUGUCGUGGGCUUGUAAGCAUGGUCACCUCGGGGUUGUAGAAUUCCUCAUCUCAAGAGGUAUUCAGGACAGCGAAAUAGAAAGACGAAGGAGCACAUUGCUUAUGCUUGCGUCAAAGAACGGACAUGCAGAGAUAGCGGCAUUGUUGAUCGACCACGGAGGGGAUGUUCAUGCAUACGUCAGGGGAGAAACUGCCAUUUCGCUAGCGUCAGCAAACGGGCAUACAAGAACUGUGGAGGUCCUACUUGAAAAGGGGGCAGACCCUAAUCCCCUCAGAUCCCAAGGCCGGUCCGCAUUAUUCUUGGCUGUAUCCAACGGCCAUGAUGCAACUGUGGAACUGCUCUUGAAAAGUGGUAAAAUAGCCAAGUGGGAGAACAGUCUCGGCCAACCGGCACUUCAUCUUACCACACAAAAAGCAACAGUCGAAGUACUUAUCAGACACGGUGCAGACAUUCACGCUCGGGAUGUGGACGGCUUAACCUGCCUCAUGCAUGCUGUGCGUAACUGGGCCCGCAUUGGCACAAUAGAAUAUCUUGUGAACAAUGGAGCGGAUGUCAAGACUCAAGAUGGAAAGGGCAACACCUGCCUUCAUUACGCCUUUCAUAGAGGAUCUGGCCAUUAUGAUACUGUCAAAAUCCUACUCAUGAAUGGGGCCCGAGUCAAUACUCGCAAUGGGCUAGGUCGAACAUGCCUUCAUGAGAUGCAAUAUCUAACUUGUUCUUUGCCUGAAGUAAAGCGUCUGUUUCAAUUACUCUUUAGUUACGAGACUGACGGCAACAUCCGUGAUGAUUAUGGCAACAUACCUCUGCAUCUUAUGCAUGAGAAUACGGAUUGGAGAAUUUUUGUUCCUCUUAUUAACCAGCCAGGUCUAGACCUGAACGCCUGCAACAAAUGGGGAAAGACACCAUUACAUGUUGCAUUGGAGAAGAUGCAAGUCGAUAUUGCAGCCCUUUUGGUUAGUGGUGGAGCGGAUGUCAACAUCACUGAUGCGGAAGGUAGAACACCGUUGGAUGCAGCAAUCCAAGCAAACGACUACCGACUCGUACCCCUUUUGAUUGGGAAUGGAGCGAAGAAAGGUAUCACACACUGA